AACUACGCGCGCGUUUGGCGCCAGCCUAAUUUUUCAUACCCUGCUGAAGCUGAAACCACGUGACCGUGUGAUGAUGUCGUCGUGUGCAGAAAAUGAAUGAAUGUUGUUAUUGCCUGCAGUGAUAGGCGUCUCAUCUUGAUAUUUGCCUUGAUUCCGUUCGGAGCUGAGAAGUAUUCUGCGCGUAGCUAACCUGAACGCGGAGCCGGCAAGAUGGGGCGAGGGCGACUGCUGAGUACUCUGUGCCUCCUGGCACUGCUUGCGGUGUACUGCCACGCCCACAACAAGUACUCGGCCAAGGCGAACGAGGCCGACAAGAGCAAGCCGGGGAAGGCAGCCAAGCCUUCCAAGAAGGACCUCACUCCCCCCAAGGAGUCCAUUUUUGGCGAAGUGUCAGACUUCAGGAAGCUCGAGAAACCAUUCCGGAUGGCCAAAUUGAACAUGCUUUGGAGCAAAGCCCAGUUGAGGCUGACGGAACCUAAGCUGAAAUCACUCUUCAGCGAGCUUAAGAUUCACGAUAAGGAAGAGCUCACGUUCAAGAAGGUGAAGUCUGAGGGGAAGGAUAAAGAUGGCAUGAUGGAGGCAGACAUGAGGAAAAGGCUAACUGGUAUUAUGAGUUCUUAUGAUCUCCUUGAGCAUUUUGAAGAUGUCAAUGAUCCCUCAAAGUAUAGGCUCCACAAGCCCUUCAACCAAGCCUCCGACGACAAUUUGACUAAAAAACUAUUCAAGGACAAGAAAUUGAACAAAUUGUGGGACAAAGCAGAACAUGCUGGAUUCUCUGCUGAGGAGCUUCAAGCCUUGAAAGAGGAGUUCCAACACCAUCAAGAUAAACUGGACCAAUUUUACUCGCUUCUUAGUGAGGUUGAGAAGCGCAACCCACAGGAUGAUGCUGAAAAUACUGUUGAUGAAACUCAUGAUAAGUUCAACGAAAUUGCGUCUGUGGAGGAAAUCAAUAAAGACCCUACAGCGAAAGCAAAUGAAUUGAGAACUCAUCAUCGAGAUUUAAAGGAUAGUUAUGAUCGCCUCAACAGAAUUGCCUCUAAAGGACCUAAAAGUCAAGAUUUUGUUGAACCAAAGGUGCAGGGACUUUGGCGUAUUGCUGUAGAAUCCAAUUUCUCAGCAGAUGAAUUGGCAUCAUUGAAGACUGAGCUACUUCAUUAUGAAAACCGCUUACUGAAAUUGAGGCAUCUUCAGGCUGAGGCUGCCCUGGGACAACAGCGUCAUGGGGACAAGAAAGUUAUAGGCCACAAAAGUGAUGGAGAAGAGUUAAUGGAGGAAACCAUCAAAAAGCAUGCAAGGAAAGUUGAAAAAUUGCAUGACUACUUGUCUAAGCGAAUUACUAACAAACAUUCAGAACUCUAAAGACAUUGUGCACAAAUGUUAUAUGUCACCAAAGGAUAUCUAUACUGAAAUUUUAUACUGUCGUUGGAUCUUUUAUUUGUUUGUAUAGACUUUUAAAAAAAGUUCCUUAGAAUCUCCUUAUAUUUUUGCCAUCAUUUUUGUUGCUUUCUCUUCUUUUCUAUGUUAAUUUUAUUGUUUUCUAUAUUACCUGUCUAAAACUCAAUGUGACUGUGCCACAAUUUGUAUUGUAUGCAAGUAUUAACUUCUUCCAAAGCCUCUGUGAUUGUGAUUUUCUCUAUUUUUCUUACUGUAACUCUUUUCUGUUUCCAUUUAAAUUCUAUGUAAAAUAAUUUUAAUUAUGUUUAAUUACUUUACAAAUACAUUGUGAUAAGGGCAUCUCUUUACUUGUAGGCAUUUGUGAUAUUAGUUGGAUAUUCCUCUUUGCACAUGCCACUCCCGCACCACUUUUUUUCCCAUCUCUACUCACAUCUGGAGAAUGAUGUCCCUCUCUGAUAUGCCAGUUUACUUACUGUAGUAUUUCUCUAAUGUCUGAUCAAAACAAUGUACUAGUUUGUAACUGCUCUGAACUGUUUGAAAAAAUAUAUUUUUGAUGUUGUUC